CCAUGUGGCACACGGUUUCGACGCCCCGAAAGGCUUGCGAUCGUCCGCUCACCUGCAUUGUGCUGUGUUGUUCUAGUUCUCAAAAUACUGGGAAAAGGGGUUCUCCUAUUCGAAAGCGGAAAACAGAGGGUCCUCCAUUAGGUGAUCAUGGGCUGCAUGAUCUUGAUCGUGUUUGUCUAUUUUUUGCGUUCUCGCCACUCGUUUCAAUCACAGCCCCGAACGAAUACCACAUCCCGAAUGUGCUCGGUUCGAGUAAGGAAGGGCCGAUCCGUUCGGCCCCAGCGUACACAAUCACCGGCCGGCAGAAGCAGACUCUUCCUGAGUGCAUUGGGUUCCCCGGUCCCGGUCACUACGAUGCGAAAAUCGAUCCGCUGGUGAGACGGGCACCGAUGUUCUCGAUGGCCACCCGCUUCCGUCGGCCGACGGACGAAGCCCUCAAGCCGGGUCCGGCGGCACACUAUCCGGAAAAGAUCAACCUCGGGCAUGUACCGGCCUACAGUUUCGGUAUCAAGCACUCGGAGUACCUUGGGGACUUCCCGGAACCACCGCGCUAUCGCAAUCAGCUGGCCAUCUAAGGCACUGGGUCUAUUGUCGAUGAUAAAAUCGCCGCUCUUCGAGGGUCGUCACAGGAUACGCUUUUUGUUAACGCCUGCGAACCACUUUAAAUGCCUUUCUACGACAGAACUGACUAACUCCACGCUGCCAGCAGAUCCGAAGCGCUAGGCCUAGGAAACCGUCCGAUGUGUAACUAACUAACAUUCCACGAAGAUGAACUCAAAA